AUGGGCAUAGUAAUCCUCUCGGGGAUUCUCAGUUCCCUCAGCUCCCUCAGUAAACCAAAACCUAUCUCCCCAACAUCCGGAACCUCAACUCCCAUCUAUCCAACCUCACCACCCACCCGUCUCCCCUCCAAAUUCAUCGCCUGCGUCCGCCGUCCCGAAUCCGCCAAAAAAGUGCACCAGGCACUCCCCCCCUACCUAGUCUCCUCACCAACCUCCCUCUCCAUCCUCCAAAACAACAAUGUCUCCGCCGUUCAACAAGCCGACAUAGUCCUCUUGUCCUGUAAACCUAUCUGUGCCGGCAUAACCAUCGAACAACUCUACUCUGAGCUCUUUACCGAACAAACAAAAGGUCUAACAGACAUUGCAUCUGCCUCUAACCCCUGCACAAUCGUCCGCGCUAUGCCUAACACCGCAUCUCAAAUCAACGAAUCAAUGACCGUAAUCAGUACUUCUACACCACCUCUCCCAGAACUCACAACCGCACUCAUAACCUGGAUCUUCACACGCAUAGGCGAAGUAGUAUUUCUUUUCCCCUCAACCAUAGAUGCCUAUACCGCUCUCUGCGGAUCCGGUCCCGUUUUUUUUUUCGCCCUAAUGCUCGAAGCAACCACAGACGGCGCCGUAGCCAUGGGACUACCUCGCGCAGAAGCCCAAAAAAUGGCAGCGCAAACUAUGCGUGGUGCCGCUGGUCUCAUUCUCCUCGGUGAACAUCCAGCACUACUAGGAGAUAAAGUAAGUACGUUGGGUGUGUGUACGAUAUGGGGACUUUCGGUUUUGGAAGAGGGCAGGGUGAGGGGUACUGUGGCGAGGGCGGUGAGAGAAGCGACGCUUGUGGCGGGGCAGUUGGGGAGGGGCGUGGUGGGGGCUAAUGGGACAAGUUUUUAA